AGACUCCAUCUCAAAAAAAAAAAAAGAAAAAAAGAAAUUAGCAAGGUUUUAAAAAAAUGAAUCAAAGGUUAGUACUUAGGUAUUGGUCAGUGUAUUUCCUCCUGUUGCCAAAGAAAAGAAAAGCUUGAAUGACAUUGACAAAUAAGAAAAACAGGCCUCAUACCUGUGGAAUGAUUCGUAUGCUGUAGUUUCACAAUCUGAAUUUUCAGAUGGACGUUAGCCAGAGUGCAAGCCUGAGGCCUGCUGUGGAAAACAGUCUCUGCGCUCGAAGUACACUGUCACAUUCUUUGCAUCAAGACAUCUUGGCCACACAUCCUGCCAAGGGCCUGUGGCUUGCAGCUUUUACUCAUUAAACCGUGAGACCAAAUUUAUAAGAGGAGGGGUGGGGAGAUUUUACUUUGAAUGACUUUAUUUUGGAAUGGUUAUGGUAGAAAUGCUCUAGCGACUACUUAAGAAGCUCACACGGGUCCCAAUUUUAAUGCUCUCAGCCCAGGAUAAUUGCAACUCGUUCUCUAGAACUAAGGUCGGAUAUCAUAUUAGCUUCCAAAUAGUUUUACAUCCAAAAUAUCAUGUGGACAAUCUAUCUAAGGGUGAAAAACCGAGGAAGCCUCUUGUUCUGAACUGUGGGUAAAACGCAAGAGGAGCAGAGAAGAUGGCUUUGAGAGGCCUCUGUGUGAGAAAAGCUGGGAGCUGGGCAAGGCUGGGAGGAGGCAGGAAGCCCAAGGGGCUCUGCAGGCCCUCCAUGAGCCCCAAGACUCCCAGGCCACAUGGCUGUCAGCUCCUGCAGGCACCUGGGGCCCUGGGCUCCCUGUCACAGGGUCAAGCCCCGGAGAGACUGCUGCCUUCUACACUGUGCUUGCAAAGGUGCUACAGGAAACCCUCUUACCUGUAACUUGCUAAAGCAACUCUGUUGAUUGGUUGACUUUGAACAUAACGAAGGAGAGAAACACAGACAAACAAAACAACUUUUAAAAGAGCAUUUAUUUUUAGAAUGCUUUGACUUCUUGAAUUCUUCUUGGUUUCUCAUCACUUCAGGGACUUAACAGACAGACUGCAGGAAUCAGAGGGGUGACUAUAGCUGACUGCCUUCAUUCCAGAGAACCUGAGACACACGGCAUGAGGAGGAAGGCAUUGUGAAGGAGAUUGACAUCAGCCAUCAUGUGAAGGAAGGCUUUGAGAAAGCAGACCCUUCCCAGUUUGAGUUGCUGAAGGUUUUAGGACAAGGAUCCUAUGGAAAGGUGUUCCUGGUGAGGAAGGUGAAGGGGUCCGAUGCUGGGCAGCUCUAUGCCAUGAAGGUCCUUAAGAAAGCCACCCUAAAAGUUCGGGACCGAGUGAGAUCGAAGAUGGAGAGAGACAUCUUGGCAGAAGUGAAUCACCCCUUCAUUGUGAAGCUCCAUUACGCCUUUCAGACAGAAGGAAAGCUCUACCUGAUCCUGGACUUCCUGCGGGGAGGGGACCUCUUCACCAGGCUCUCCAAAGAGGUCAUGUUCACGGAGGAAGAUGUCAAGUUCUACCUGGCUGAACUGGCCUUGGCUUUAGACCAUCUCCACGGCCUGGGGAUCAUCUACAGAGAUCUGAAGCCUGAGAACAUCCUCCUGGAUGAAGAGGGACAUAUUAAGAUCACAGAUUUCGGCCUGAGUAAGGAGGCCAUUGACCACGACAAGAGAGCGUACUCCUUCUGCGGGACAAUCGAGUACAUGGCCCCCGAGGUGGUGAACCGGCGAGGACACACGCAGAGCGCCGACUGGUGGUCUUUCGGCGUGCUCAUGUUCGAGAUGCUCACGGGGUCCCUGCCGUUCCAGGGGAAGGACAGGAAGGAGACCAUGGCCCUCAUCCUCAAAGCCAAGCUGGGGAUGCCGCAGUUUCUCAGUGGGGAGGCACAGAGUUUGCUGCGAGCUCUCUUCAAACGGAACCCCUGCAACCGACUGGGUGCUGGCAUUGAUGGAGUGGAGGAAAUUAAGCGCCAUCCCUUCUUUGUGACCAUAGACUGGAACAAGCUGUUCCGGAAGGAGAUCAAGCCACCAUUCAAACCAGCAGUGGGCAGGCCUGAGGACACCUUCCACUUUGACCCCGAGUUCACAGCACGGACGCCCACAGACUCUCCUGGUGUCCCCCCGAGUGCAAAUGCUCAUCACCUGUUUAGAGGAUUCAGCUUUGUGGCCUCAAGCCUGAUCCAGGAGCCCUCACAGCAAGAUCUGCACAAAGUCGCAGUUCAUCCAAUUGUACAGCAGUUACACGGGAACAACAUCCACUUCACUGAUGGCUACGAGAUCAAGGAGGACAUCGGGGUGGGCUCCUACUCAGUGUGCAAGCGAUGUGUGCAUAAAGCCACUGACACCGAGUACGCUGUGAAGAUCAUCGAUAAGAGCAAGAGAGACCCCUCGGAAGAGAUCGAGAUCCUGCUGCGGUACGGCCAGCACCCGAACAUCAUCACCCUCAAAGAUGUCUAUGACGAUGGCAAGUUCGUGUACCUGGUGAUGGAGCUGAUGCGUGGCGGGGAGCUCCUGGACCGCAUCCUCCAGCAGAGAUACUUCUCGGAGCGUGAGGCCAGUGACGUCCUGUGCACCAUCACCAAGACCAUGGACUACCUCCAUUCCCAGGGGGUUGUUCAUCGAGACCUGAAGCCGAGUAACAUCCUGUACAGGGAUGAGUCGGGGAGCCCGGAAUCCAUCCGAGUCUGUGACUUCGGCUUUGCCAAGCAGCUGCGCGCGGGGAACGGGCUGCUCAUGACGCCCUGCUACACGGCCAACUUCGUGGCCCCGGAGGUCCUGAAGCGUCAAGGCUACGAUGCGGCGUGUGACAUCUGGAGUUUGGGAAUCCUGUUGUACACCAUGCUGGCAGGAUUUACCCCUUUUGCAAAUGGGCCAGACGAUACCCCUGAGGAGAUUUUGGCGCGGAUCGGCAGUGGGAAGUAUGCCCUUUCUGGGGGAAACUGGGACUCCAUAUCUGACGCAGCCAAAGACGUCGUGUCCAAGAUGCUCCACGUGGACCCUCAUCAGCGCCUGACAGCGAUGCAAGUGCUCAAACACCCCUGGGUCGUCAACAGAGAGUACCUGUCCCAAAACCAGCUCAGCCGACAGGACGUGCACCUGGUGAAGGGCGCGAUGGCCGCCACCUACUUUGCUCUAAACAGAGCACCUCAGGCCCCGCGGCUGGAGCCCGUGCUGUCGUCCAACCUGGCUCAGCGCAGAGGCAUGAAGAGACUCACGUCCACGCGGCUGUAGCAGGUGGGACCCUGGCCCCAGCGUCCCCCGCCAGCGUCCUCGUGGGCUCGCAGACCCCGGCCUCGGAGCCCAUCUGGCACCCAGAGUGACCACAAGUCCAGCAGGGAGGCGGCGCCCGCCCUCGCCGUGUCCGUGUUUUCUUUUUCAACCCCGGAGAGGGUCCUGACCCGGGGGCUUCUCCAAGCCUCACUGCGCCAGCCUCGCCGCCCGCUCUCUUUUCUCCCAAGCAAAACCAAAUGCGCCCCUUCACCUCACGUGCCCGUGCGAGGCCGGGGGCUUCUUUCAGAACCCGCGGGUCUUCUCCUAUCACGGCUUCUUUUCUGCCAAGAGAUCUGUGUUCCAAUUAUGAAGCCGGUCGGUUUAGUCAGACUUGCGCUGCCGACGUCCCGGGUACCCGGUGGGAAAGUGGCAGUGCAAAGGCGCAGCCGUCGGUGGUUGCAGGGCCCUAGAGGGCUGGGGUGACCUGGUAUCCUGGGGCUCCCCACGGGCUGGAUGAGGGGGUUGGCACUGUGGCGUCCAGGGGGAGACGCCUGGUUCUGCCCAAAAUAAUCCAAAGAGCCGUUUCCUCCUCGCCCUUCAGUUUUUGCCUGAGGUGCUGGGUAGCCCAUCCUAUCCUCUGUCCCAAAUUCAAAGGAGGAGUAAGAGCCCAGGCGACAGCAAGGUGGGCUGGAUCUUUGCCUUGAGAGCUCCGUGUCACCACGGAUGGAAGGGGGCGCCUCCCGGAGGAGCCUGUGUCCACCUCCAGUCUUGGCUUUCCCCCAGGGGCCAAGUGCACUGGGCUGCCCUUGGUCCCCAGCUCCGGUGGUCACACAGCUACCUGGAGGCUUUGCAGGGAGCCGUGGGUUCUCACGCCUUCUCAGCCCUGUGUCAGCUUCCUGUGUGCUCACCCAAAGCCGUGGUUCUGCUGUGUUCACUUCGAUUUUUCUGGUCUACGGAGAAACUGUGAAUUUGAGAAAUGGAGCUCUGUGGCUUCCCACCCAGUCCUUCUCAGUCCAACUGGAGGCUGGAGGGAGACGCAGGCCCCACCCAGCAGACUAAGGGGCAGGGGCACAGGUCGGAGGGCAGCGGAGAUCAGCGUGGACAGGAGCGAUGCACUUUGUAGAUGCUGUGGCUUUGUGUUGCGUUUUGUGUCUCUGUUGCACAGAUCUGUUUUCACACAGAUCCGUAUACCCUAGGGUGUGCACACAGGGUGGGUGUGGGGCAUUUAGGCCAUGCUGUGCUCUCCUUCAUUGAGUAAAAUCGAGUGAGAGGUUCCAGGCAGGAGGCUUGAUGCCCAGUCCAGCCCGCAGAGGGAACACACGGGUCCUUCAUUCUCCCGUAAGGGUGUUGAAGAUGCUCCCCGGCGGCCGCCAAGCCAGGGUACCCAGCAAGUGGACUGGGUGGGAGGGGGCGCCGCUCACCCCCUCACCCUGCAUUACUGAAGAGCCCCGCGUCUGCAGCAAGCGGAGCUUCAGGAGGCCUCCGCUGGCCACAGCCAGGUUUUCCCUAAGAAAAUGUUACUGUGUUGGGAUUUGUUCCCCCUCCAUCUCGAUUCUAGUACCCAACUAAAAACAAAACAAAACAAACAAACAAAAAAAUGUGCUGCGUUCUGAAAAAUAACUCCUUAGCUUGGUCUGAUUGUUUUCAGACCUUAAAAUACAAACUUGUUUCAGAAGCUUUAAUCCAUGAAGAUUUUUUUUUUCUUAGAGAAUCACAAAACAUAAAAGGAGCAAGUCGGACUGAAUACCCGUUUCCAUAGUGCCCACAGGGCAGUCCUCACCUUUUCUCCAUAGAAGAUGCUUUUUCCCAAGGCUGGAAUUACUUCCACCAUGAUGAAUUUGCUUUUUAGGUCUUAAUUAUUUCACUUCUUUUUAGAAACUUAGGAAAAAGUGGAUAAUCCUUAGGUCACAGAAUUUGUCCUCCCAGAAAUGAACAAAAGUCAUCACCUCUUCUGCUUGCUACGCAGGCACAAGCUCAUGGUCUUUUUCAGUCAUCCCAGUUUGUACAGACUUAGCUUCUGAACUCUAAGAAUGCCAGAGGGACUGACGAGACUCCCCAUCACAGCGAACUCUGUCCUUACAUAUAUUUGAUGUGCAUCAGCGGAGGAGAACACUGGUUUGGCCCUGCUCUGCCGAGGGUCUGUGAAAUACCUCUACUUUCCUUCCCAUAUGCAGAACAAAGUGAUACUGGAAAUCCUUCCACAAAAGUCAGCCUAAAGAAGCUAUGGUAUCAUAUGUUAAACUAAGCUUUCAAAACCCUUAGUGAUAUAGCAGGUGACUGCUUUCAAGCAGCAGUCGACAUGUAAAUGAAGGUGUUCUUAGAAUUCGCAUUUUACCAGCUCAGCGCACCUCCACGUCAAAAGAAAUGCUCUGUAUGAUUUGCACAAAUGACAUAGACCUCCCCAAAGGUUAAUUGGCUCUCCUUGCUCACACAGAUCAUCUCAUAACCACCACCCCCCGCCCCCGGGUCAUGAAAAUCACAGAACUUAAUACGCACACUGAACCCUAGAUCUCAGGCUUCCUGACCUACCGCGAGUGGCCCCUUGCUGGCCACCCUAUAGGGUCCUCCUUCCCUGGCAGCCCCCUGUGUGGGAGAAAUACCUGAUUCUCCCAAUCUGCAGUGGGAGAGCUUUGCUGAAUUCCACCCCAAAGUCAAACAUGGGCAAGAGGUGAGGAUUUCACUUUUACCCUCAAGUCCGAUUUGUCUGUGAUUUUAAACUAACUGUGUAUGUAUUGAUGUUUGGAAGAUUGUUUGAAUUUUAAAGUGGUAAUAGUACUUAAUGUUAGCCAGUAUUGUUCAUUAAAUGGCGUUAUCCUAAAGCUGCACUUGGGAUUUUUACCUAACGCUUUACUGAUUCUCUCAAGCACAUGGCAAAGUUUGAUUUGCACUCCGUUCAUUUUCUGACACGGUUUUGCUGCCUCCUACCUUUCUAAGCGUCAUGCAAAUUCGAGAACGGAGAAGGACGCUGCCGGUCCCUGAGCAGUGCGGAGAGGGCGGCAGGUGGACUCCAGCGCAGCUUGAGGGGCUGAGGACGGAGGCUGCAGCGUCUGUGUCGUUCUACUGAGCACGCUUCUCUGCCUCGCUCCUGACUCAGCACUUUGUUCACUGGCUCAGCAGUUAUGUUUACACAUCAUUUUUAUGUUCCUGCUUUGUAAUUCAUGUUUGAGAUGGGUGGCCACUGUACAGAUAUUUAUUACGCUUUCCAGACUUUCUGAAUAGAUUUUUUUGAAUAAACAUGGUUUUAUGAAGUGUAA